AUGCAACGCUUCGAUGAUCGUAUGCCUAUGAAUUCAAUCUCGUAUUCCACGAUCCAAACUGAACAGAGUCCAGAUUAUUCAGAUGAUUCCUGCACUUGUGGACAUGAUGAUAUGGCGUUUGGAGAUGGAUUGGGUUACAAUAGAAGAUUUGUCCACAACAAAACUUUCUUGCAAAACUUUUCAAAAGUAGAGAGCAAUAUCAAUUACGGUACUGCAACGGAGCACGAACUCAAUGCACCAUAUCCGAAACAAGUUGCUGAUCGUUACGAAGCGGAAUAUGAUUACUGUAUGAGAUGGGCAUGUGACUACAAGUACGUCGCCGCCAGAGUCAUUCCAUUCCAAUCCAAUUUUUAUUCUGUUGUUCGACUCAUUUUCAAGGGCAAAAACUGGGUUUUGGAUUGUGCCAACUUUGAUGAAGGUCAAUACGAUUACUGUGGAUGGUUGCCUACUAUCACUUCUCCUCGAACCUUUCAAAAGUCCGUUUUGACAGAUUCCUCUGAUUUGUCUUACCAUCGUGUGGAAGCCGGAAAAACUCUUCAAUCAUCCGACACUGGAUAUGGACUUCAAUCACUCAAAACAGAUUACUCGGGAAAUUCAGGACUCACGAAAGACCCAAUUGACUCUGAUAUCUACAAAGUGAUGGGUUCGUCUUCUGAAGUCUCGAAGGAGUCUCCAAUGGAAGAAAGUCUUCAUUCAACCAUUGAAAAUCUUUCUCCAAUUCUCAAAAACAACAUGGUCAUCCAAUCGUCGAGCGAAAUUUCAACUGGGUCCAGUCUGAAAGCUGUAUUUCAGGAUCUUGUUGAACUCGAUCAAUUCUUUGCUCAACAAGUUGAAGAGGCUCAAACGCAUCAAAGUUCUCUUGAGGAUUAUGUGAACUGUCUCACCACUGCUCACUCAUUUUCUGCAGUUUCUCUCACUUCACAAUACGAAUCGGUUUCAUUUCCAACUACUUCUCCACCAUCGUCUUCAGUAGCUGAUGAGAUUGUUCCGAAACUAGCAGCUCCAACGAUGAUUUCUCAAUUAUUUUGUUUGGCUGGAAAGAAGCUAACAAUCGGUUUCUGGAAGAAUUGGACAAAAUCUAAAAAUUAG